UUACUUCAGCAUCAGAGGUCAUUUUAAUUAAAGAUGAUAACAUUACUAAGACUAUUCUCUUUCAGUUUCAAGCUUCUUCUGUUGUUUUCUCUCUCAAUAUCUUCUCUGUGAGUAAGGUUAUACACACUUCAGAUUAUAAGUAUUUAGCUCUGA